AUGAACCGAUGGCGCCAACCCGGCGGUCCGGACCUUGGCCAAUGCGUGGAGAAUGUGAUGUGUCAAGCUGAAAAUCAGAUUUGUGCUGAUCGAGAGGUCUCAGUGGAAGAAAUUGACCAAGCACUGGAUAUGAUUGCAUCUAGAUGCCGCUUCUCGGGUCCCAGAGUGCGCCGUCAGCAAACCGCCGUCGACGUGGAAAGUGCCCUUGCACCUCUGUACCGCAGGCUGAGCAGUCGUGAUGCCAAAUGGUUUACCCGAAUGAUUCUCAAGAGCUACUCUCCCGUGACAAUUCCGGAAAAAUACACAUUAAGCCGAUUCCACUUCUUACUCCCACACUUGCUUCAAUUCCAGAAUACUUUUGAGAGCGCCUUGGAGAUGCUCUCUUCUGAACCUAUGGAUAAAUUCCCUCCUCGGCCUGAUCCCAAAUUGAGCGCCAACCUAUGUUCAAUCGCCCUUGCCUAUUUGCGACCACGAACGGGGAUCAAGAUUGGCCGGCCGGAGUACUUGAAGGCUAGAAGCAUCAAGCAUUGUCACCAGAUGGCCAAAGGCCGUCGUAUGAGCAUAGAGCGGAAAUACGAUGGGGAGUAUUGUCAGAUGCAUGUGGACCUCACGGACAAACAAACCCCAAUCCGGAUUUUCUCCAAGAGUGGCAAAGAAUCUACAGCGGGCAGAUCUGCCGUCAUUCCAGUCUUGAAAGAAAGUCUCCGAAUUGGAACAGAAGGAUGUAGGUUUACGAAGCAUUGUAUUUUGGAAGGAGAGCUGCUUGUGUGGAGUGAUAAGCUUGGCGGAAUAGCAGAUUUCCACAAGCUUCGAAAAUUUCUUCCUCGUGCAGGUACUUUCAUUGGGGUUGAACAUGAUUCGCCGCCGCAGCCAUAUGAGCACUUAAUGAUCGUGUUCUUUGACAUUCUUCUAUUGGAUGAUGAUAUUUGUCUUAGAGCCCCCCAUCGUCAGAGACGACUACUUCUGCAAGAGGUAGUGCAGAGAAUCUCAGGGCGUGCCGACAUUGCCGAGCAAGAGAUAGUCGACUUUGGCCGGCCAGAUAGCCAAUAUCGGCUCGAAGUUAGUUUUGCCAAAGCCAUCGCACACAGGUGGGAAGGAUACGUGCUGAAGGCUUCCGAUGAGCCCUAUUUUCCAAUCUAUGCAGCGGGGGUGAACAACUCUUUUGGACGGUGGAUCAAGCUCAAGAAAGACUAUAUCCCUGGUCUCGGGGACACCGUUGACCUGGUAUUAAUUGGCGCUUGCUACAAUGCCCAAGAUGGUACUGCUUUGACGUCUCUUAAACAUCUGCGAUGGACACACUUCCUAGUCGGUUGUCUUCUGAACAAAGAUGCCAUGUUGAAAUGCGAGGCCAGGCCCCAUUACCGCGCAGUUGAUGUGGUUAAUCGACACUGCAUGCACUGGAAGCUUUUGGAACUUCUUAAUCAGCUUGGUGAAUUCCAUUCAAGCGAACCGGAAGGAUUCGAGGGAUUCGAAGUUGAAUAUGGACAAGCGGGCCUACCAACAGCGACUGUCAUUUUCAAAAAGCCUUUUGUUGUGGAAAUGAUGGGUAGUGGAUUCGAGAAGCCGUCAGGUGCCCGAUAUUACACUCUUCGAUUUCCACGCAUUCUGAAGAUUCACACCGAGCGGAGCCCUGAGGAUGCUGCAUCUUUUAGGGAACUACAGCUUCUAGCGGAAGACGCUCGGUCCGUGCCUAUUGGCGAGCUCUCGCAGGAAGAAGAGCAGUGGCGCAAGCGGUUGAAGGUUGGAAAUGGGCCGAAAGGGUACAUCGUUCAGAGAUCGCGAAGCCUAUCGACAGAGAGUCAUUCAAGCACCGGUUCCGAUUCCCCUGGUGGCUCUGAUACUUCGAUGGGCGAUCACAAAGAGGGUCUGCAGUCAAUGGCCAUGGAAAAGCCAGCGGAAAAUUCAUUGUCAAAUGCGAAUCCUCAACAGAUUCUUGGUGGCAUUGAGGUCACUCCUGCGGUCUUUGUCGACGAAUCACGAUUGUCUCCAAGGACCUGUGAUAUGCCCUACGACAGCCAGGUUCUGGCGGAGACUCAAAACUCGUCCAAUCGCAGGAGGUUCAGGCAUAAAGAUCCCAGUAUCAACGAUCAAAACAAUGGCCACAUUUCAAAAGAAUCUAUCCAGAUUCCACAGGGGAAUACGUCUCCUGCAAGCUUCUCCGGUCCCCAAGCUGUGCACCGAGAUGAUACGCAAUCAAACGAUAAAUCAGUCAAUCUUCUCCAAACGAAAAGUCCCUCUAGUGUGGAAAGGCUCCAUCAACAAAUCAGUGACCCGAUAUCCCCACUCACAACAAUCCCCGUUUACAUGUCUGGAAGUCCAUUGGAGGGUGAUAUAUCUUCGGAGCCGCAAGAUUCCUCCUCCCUCUCCCUAUUCUUGCAAGCUUUAGGCUGCGAUAAGACAAAAUCACUCUUCAAAUGCUCGAACCCUCGAGCCGCUAGCCAGGGUGCUGUUUUUGGCAUAGCUCUUGUUAACCCCGGCGAAUUACCUCUCGGACAACUGAUUCACAAGAUUGCAAAAGGACUGUCUCGAUCUCUCCAGGAUCGCAAGUCAACUCUACCUGCCAACGGGCGAAUUUACUUCUUGGAUGCUGUCAUCUUGAGAGAGAAUAUCAAGCCCGAAGGUUUUGAGUCCUGCCUGCGUCAGACCUGGAGGGCUCUUGGUAUGAAGUACUACUACGCUUGUCUCCAUUGGAAAAACAACAAGAGCCGUGAUCACGGAAACGCUGGACCAGAGCCCCGACCUGCACAGCAAGGUGGCAAUGGCCAAGACGUCAGUGAUGAACUCUCGCUUUUUGUUAGCUUUGAUGAAGAUGAAAUUCUCGCAUUGGGCGAGUACACUUCUCUGGACGAACUGGCCGAUCCCACGACCCGGUGA